AUGCCUUCCUUUGACAAUUCCUUUGUAGUCAACCAUACGUGCUUGCGUAUCAAGGACCCAAAGGUCUCAAUUCCAUUUUAUGUAGACAAUUUCGGAUUCAAAGUAGUUGCAACUUUCCCAUUUCCGGAAAAGAAGUUCACUCUCUACAUGCUCGGAUAUGAACAUGAUCAGGAAACCUCUCACAAGAAUUGGUCCGCUAGAGAAGGAAUUUUAGAGUUGUGCCACAAUCAUGGUGUUGAAGAUGACGACUCAUACACGUUAAACAAUGGGAAUGGAGCUGAACACCGUGGGUUCGGACACAUUUGUAUUUCUGUAGAUAACAUUAACGUUGUAGAAGAAAGGUUAUUAGCCAGUAAUGCCAAAUUCCAAAAAAAAUUAAGCGAUGGGAGACAAAAGGAUAUCGCCUUUGUUUUGGAUCCAAAUGGAUAUUGGAUUGAAUUAAUUCAACACGGAAAGGGAAAAGUUGACAUUCUAACAGACCAAGCAACUUACUUGUUUAAUCACACCAUGAUCAGAGUGAAAGACCCUGUUAAAUCUCUUGAGUUUUACAAGAAUGUUUUAGGAAUGAAAGUGUUUAGGAAGCAUGAUCAUGAAAAUGCGAAAUUUUCAUUAUACUUCAUAGGAUAUGAUCAUGAUUCUAAUUUUAAAGAAGAUUCUGUCGAUAGGGAUACGUCUUCUUUGAAGCAAGGUAUUAUCGAAUUAACCCACAAUUGGGGUACUGAAUCGGAUCCAGAGUUCAAGGGUUACCACAACGGGAACAGUACCGAGGGUGGUGCCAAGCAAGGAUUUGGACACACCUGUAUCUCAUGCAAGGAUCCUGCCAAGUUCUGUAAAGAAGUUGAAGAGGAAUUUCCAGAUUCCACUGAUUGGUCAGUGAAAUGGAACCAGGGUGGCAUGAAGAACAUUGCCUUUAUCAGAGACCCUGAUGGAUAUUCCAUUGAGAUUAUCUCGCACGAGUUGUUUAAGGACGGUAACUGA